UGUCAAUUUAACCAGAAAUGUUUACGUUUUGUGUUUCAUCGCUUUUAUUAGUGUGGAUUUUUGCUAACCUUUACAAUGGUUGUGCGGCAAAGCCCAACUGGGAGGCAACGCCAUUGUCGAUUUCAGGUACCACCACAAAUCCUAGUGCUAUGGACAUGAAUCUGCGAAUUGAGCGCAUUUCCAGGUCGGAAUUCGGUUUUUCAGGCACAUUUUUCUGGAAUAUUGAUAUGGACGACAGCGUGAUGGUCGAGAUGCGUAUUCUGAGCAGUUACUCCGGUGACGAGUCCGAUUACAAACUGACACCCAUGUCCAUUCCACCGCAGAAAUUCACCGAAUACAUCAAUACCUUUUACAAGGACAUGGUGAUGCCGAAUCUGGGCAAUUGCACCGAUUUGCCCGUCUAUGAAAAUGAAUUUGUACCGCCCUGGCCCAAGGCGACCUACAAUUUCACCCGCUGCGCUCUGAACGGCGAAGGAUUGCCGGAUAUUUUGGCAGAUGGCUACUAUAAAGGCGAAGCCAUCAUCACCGCCCAGCCAACUCUUGAAGUCACCGUGGCCGUCGUUCUGCGGAUCAGAACGAAAAUUUUCUAAAUACACUCGAGUAUUAAAAUCGCAGAACAUCUUCCAAUCUAUU